AUGGUUGCCAAGCGUCGGAGUAUCUACAGCACGAUGACCAAGGGUCCUAUUCACACGGGCGCCACGCUGCGCUUCACCCACGGCCCGUACUACGCGCCGUCACCGGACGUUGUCGCCGACGAGGGCAUGACCCGCGAGGACAUUGCAGCGCGCAUCCACCGCAUCGAGUGCGCCAAGCGAGUCGUGUGCUACUGUCGGCCCGUACUACGCGCCGUCACCGGACCGCGCAUCCACCGCAUCGAGUGCGCCAAGCGAGUCGUGUGGUACUAUGGUGCAGAAACGUACGCUUUUGUCUCGCAAGACGUCGACGAUUUGGCUCUCGUCUUUGGGAUCUGCGAUGCGACGACCCUCGAGGAGCUCUCGGCCGCCGACACGACUCUCCAAGCAGCUGGCCAUUUGGCGCGUGCACCGACGCCUCGCCAUGCUGGAGCGUGA